AAAAUACUGGCCGAUCAGAGUUAGGGGAAGUUCCUAACCUCAGUUUCGUCAAUUCAAAAGGGAGAAAAACAUUUCGAUCGAAGAAAAAUCUAGUAAUGCAUUGCAAAUCUCAAACUAGUAGUAGUCCAGGGCAAGUCAGUACAAACGCUAUGAGAGAGGGAUUGACGAGGUGUUCUGGUUCUCUGUCCAAGUCAGGAGAUGACUUAGAAACUAGUCAGCCAUCUCCCACUCUAGUUUCGAGAAAGAGAGUUCGCCAUAUGGCUCCCCGGCUAUCACAGCAUCACCCAAAAACUAUAUUGUCUUGGUUGAUGGACAACAAUGUAGUGUUGCCAAGAGAUAAAGUAUUUUACCGCCGCAGGAGGCAUUCCCGUAAUUUGGCUAACGGGCGUCUAAGACGUGAUGGGAUCAAUUGCAGUUGUUGUGGCAAUGUUUUUACUUUAAACGGUUUUGUGAAUCAUGCUGGAGGUGCCAACAUUACUGACAUGAAGCCAGUUGCCACAAUUUUUCUAGGAGAUGGCAGGUCUCUGUUAGACUGCCAGCUACAGGCAUUUCGUGGUAAAGGCAUGAGUCGCAUCAUGAGACAAGCAAGAAGUGCAAGGACGAGUAGUCUUCAUGACAUCCAGAAUGACUACAUAUGCUCCGUCUGUCAUUAUGGGGGUGAACUGAUAUUAUGUGACGGGUGUCCAUCCUCUUUUCAUAAGAGUUGCCUUGGUCUAAAGGAUGUACCAGAUGGGAACUGGUUUUGCCCCUCCUGUUGCUGUGCAAUUUGCAACCGAUGUAAGUCCAGAGAAGAUGCUGGUUGUUCUGCGGAUGACCAUGUUUUGCGUUGCAACCAAUGCGAGCGUAAAUAUCACAUUGGGUGCCUGAGGAGGACCAGAGGGGUAACUAACUUGGAAAGGGAUCAUAAGAUGAACUGGUUUUGUAGCAAAAUGUGUAAAAAGGUAUCUGUAGGUCUGUCCGAGCUCUUGGAAAAGCCAAGAAGAUUGGGACCUGAUAACUUAACCUGGACACUGUUAAAGUGUGUAAAGCCUGAUUAUAAUGGUGUCAAUUUUCUUGAUGAUGAGGCUGCUGCAGAAAAUUACGUCAGGCUAAACCUUGCGCUCGAUGUGAUGCAUGAAUGCUUUGAGCCCGUUAAAGAGCCUUACACUAGUAGUGAUCUCAUCGAGGACCUUAUUUUCAACAGGAGAUCAGAGUUGAAUCGUGUAAACUUCCAGGGAUUUUAUACAGUACUUCUUGAAAAAGAUGAUGAGUUGAUCACGGUGGCAACUGUAAGGAUCUAUGGUGGAAAAGUGGCUGAAGUGCCUUUGGUUGGGACAAGGUUCCACUACCGUCGGCUUGGAAUGUGUCGCAUUUUGAUGGAUGAGCUUGAAAAGAGGCUGAAGGAAUUAGGAGUGGAAACGCUGGUUCUACCUGCUGUUUCUAGUGUCCUAAACACGUGGACCACUUCAUUUGGAUUCAAGAAGAUGACAGAUAGUGAAAGAUCACAAUUUCUUGGUUACACCUUCUUGGAUUUCCAGGGAACAGUCAUGUGUCAGAAACGUUUAGUUGAUAUCACAUCGGCAGAUUCAAACUUACCUGGAGGGAGUUGGCACAAUUUUGAAGAUGAUGCAAACCAUCAGCUCGAUGAAGUUGAUUUGGUGGGUUCCAGUGCUGUCUUUGACAUUCUUCGAGAAGAUACCACCGAGGGGAGUGAAACUGUCGCUGAAGGCCAGUCAAGUUCUGCUGUUGGCUCUGUUGUUGACCAUGCUAAAAGCUCCAGCUGGGAAAAUUUUUUAUUGUCGGAGAUAAUGGAUGACAGACAGUGUGGUGUUGAAGCCAGUUCUAAACUAUCCAAUGAGAAUGCAUUGGAAGUACAAAGUGGAGAAUACAGUGAUGGAAGAUUGAAGUGUUACCAGAGAAGGAGAAAAUUGUAAAGCAGAAGCUGAAGUCAGUUGGCACUCUGAUAAAUUAUUUAUCUUGUCAAUUGAUCCUGUGUAAAUUUAAGAAUGAUGAGCGGAGAGUAUACCAAUUUUGGCGCAAAAAGCGCCGUCCUUUUUCAAUUAGAAUGAUAGAGAUAGACAUGGAAGGAAUUCUUUCAUCAGUCAUUCCUAUGUAUAAAAUCCUCAUAGCCCUGAAGUCUGUUGGUUGCUUCUAUUUCCAUUGGGUUUGGAGGGUGGCGGUUUUGUUUUCUACAUUCGAUGCGGUGUAAAGAGUCCGAGCAUUGAUUGCUGCCUGUUCUCUGUGUUACAUUGUUUUGACUGACCAUCGUCCUCCUCUAAUCCGUAAUGGACAAUUUGAUAUGCUGGAGAGAUU